AUGAUACCUGAGAAAACAGUCGUGACAGAAACAAAAACUAUCAGUUCAAUAACGGUAGCCGUUUCUGUUGGAAUAGUAGUGCUCCUUAUCAAUAUCAUCUUCGUACCUAUUGUGUGGAAUGAGAUCACUUCCACAUGGGAAGAGCUCGACCGAGAGCUACGAAACAUUGAGGUCAUGAGAACGGCCGUGAAAGAAACACUUGAACAGAUUCCAACACAGUUAACGAGGCAGGUCAGGGAAAUAAUAAGGUGAGG